AUGUCCCGGUUGGAUGGGGGUAACAGUUACCUUGUUGGAGGGGACGGCCAUGUGUUGCCGAUAACUGCUUCCCAUUGGGAAUAUGUAUUCGGAUUCCAGAACAGCGGUCUUCCGGUGCCAGUGAAGGAGUCUGAUCUUCCUCCAGGCACCCUUAAAGCGAUGGCCCUCAAGUAUGGUGAAAAGAAUACAUCAACCUCAAAGAGCACAAUAAUCAUAGCGAAAUCUGUAAAGGAAUUGGCAGGGCCGGUUGACGGUGAAGGAAAGAUAAAGCCCCUGGCUAAUCAGCGUGAUAGGGCCUCGUUCAUGGAAAAUUUCAUGAUUGUGUUGCUGGGGCAGAUUUUAUGUCCUUCUACCGAUGGGGGUAACAUGUCUUUAAAAUUGCUAGGUGCAGUUUCCGUGGCAAAGAAUGCAUCACUGUACAAUUGGUGUGAGUUUUGUCACACAUGGCUUUUAGACUACGGAGACGCCUGUCAGCGGAAGAUAGACCAUCAGGGGUAUGCCGCUGGGACUGGUGGUUGUGUGUUGUUUUUGCUGUAUCCUGUCUUCUAUUACAGUGCCUUAUCUGAAAGUGGAUUUGUUUUACAGAUUUUCUACCUAGACCAUUUAUGCAGGCAUCCUGUGAGAUGGGAUGAGUUUCCCAGGAUCAAAGUCUGGACACAGGAGGAAGUGGAUGAGGCCAAGAAUCGGGAUAGGAAAGCGAGUGAAGAUUAUGGAAGGAUUACGACUGUUGAUGUUGUGUACGGGGAUCCUCAUCCCCUUUACGGCAGGGAGGGUAGACGGUCUCCCGCAGUAGAGGUUGCUGAGAUGUGGGAUAAUUUUCAAAUACUGAGUGUUAGUGAUAAACAGGUUAUGGGGCAGCUUGCUCCAUUAUUGCAAGAUCGCCGGGGCGUAUCCCGUGAAAGAGGAAUGAGGUCAUAUCAUGCUACCGAUCAUUUGACGAUAGAUGUUGAUGGUGUGGCUAUGCCGUUGGACCAGUCUGUGAAUAAGGUGCUUACAGAGUUGGAUGCCGAUGACGAUUCCGAUGUGGAGUUGCAACCGUCUGAUAGGGGACGUGUAUUUGUGGGCCCUCAUGUCAGUGUGCCAGUUAUGAAUCCCCUAGACCCGGUCAGCCACGGUGAUGUACCUUUGGUCCACACUGCUGAUGAUGUUGGUGUAGUAGCAACUGACCCAGAAACAAGCAAGCACCCGGUCGACCAGACACAACAGCACGUACAGGUUCAAGCUGGUGACGGGCCACUUCCAAAUGGAAUGUCAUCGGAGAAGGUGGGACAGCUGGGUGUAGUUGAAGACAAAGAGGAUGGUGAAGACAAUGGUGAGGAGAAUGUUGAGGAGCCGGAAGAGCAGGAUGGUGGCGUCAAGGAUGGGGGGCCGAAUAAUAGGGAUGAUGACGAUGAUGAGGGACCGGCUAAUGGUCCUGUGCAAGGAACGGUUGCAGCAUCGCCCUUGGAGAACAUCGCUCAAGAGAACCCCCCUGAAGAUAAGAACAGUGAAGAGAACACCAGUCAAGAUAACCCCACUGAAGGGAACACCACUGAUGAGAAUCUCCAAACUGAUGACCAAGAAGGACCACGGGAGAAAUUGAUCCUAAGGAUUCCGAGAACAAACCCAAAAACACGCUAUCGGCAGACGCGAGUACGAAUGACAAAACUUGAGAGUGACGUAGUAGCUUAUGUGGAGUCAUACAAUCCUAAAGGGAAAGAGCAGGGGGCCAUGCUUAUCGAGUGUGAUGGUAAUGAUGCAAAUCGGAUGAUGUGCUACUCGGUUGUGCGUCCUAGGGAGUACGUGCAUUCCCAGUACGUUCGGGCCGUUGCAAACAUAUACAACAGGGAAUGGGCUCUGGAAUACCCAACGAAUUCUCGCAGAAUCAUGCUGGACUCCUCAUUUGCGUAUCAGAAAUUAAAGACGAGGGAAACAUAUGCUGGUCUGCUGAAGAAGUGGUCCACCCUUCUCCAGAAGAUUGUGUCAGCUGAUAUAUCUGUGGUCUAUGUUCCAGUUGUGGACAACGGACAUUGGUGGUGUGUUGCUUUUGCACUGAAAGACCAGAAGAUAUGGUUCAUUGACAGCAUGUAUACUAAUCCUGCUUCCGAGCAUUCUGGGGAUGUUAAAAAAUUGAUAGCAGCUGUGGAGUACGUUCUACAUUGGAGGGACACGCAAUAUAAUGCAGCUCUUGUUUGGAAGUUGAAGCAAAUGCAUACUUGGCCCUUGGACUCCAUUAGCUUCCCUGACUACAACGACAAUCAUGCGUGUGGAAUAGUAAUGCUUAUGGCUAUCCAGGAAAGUGCAAGGGCAUUUACAAAGACGAUGCAUGUGGGGGACAUCAAUGUAGCUCGGAGGGCACUGUUUUUGUCUCACUUGAAUUCAGAUUUCAACUCCUGCCGCCCGCUUCUUCCCCAAAUCGUUGCAACCCACUGCCCAGUUCGUUGAUGUUUGGUCGUGCUUCUUCUGCUAACGUUUAGGGUUUUUAACAGAGAAAACAAUUGCACACUUAUCUGGUCAAAUUUUGAAAUGUGAUUAACGCGUGAACUUAAUCAUAGUUGUUGUCUUUUGAUACUCACAUUAUUUC